UAUUUGCUGUUACAGAUGGGGUGGGGGGACGUUUGUAUUUAUCUCCUGUAUUUGCUGUUGCAGAUGGGGUGGGGGGACCUGGGAAUCCUGGGCCAGCCUGAGAAGGAGACGCCGAACCUGGACAAGAUGGCGGCAGAAGGAAUGCUGCUGCUGGACUUCUACACGGCAAACCCGCUCUGCUCACCUUCUCGAGCGGCGCUGCUGACGGGAAGGCUCCCCAUCAGGAACGGGUUCUACACCACCAACGACCACGCCAGGAACGGCUACACCCCCCAGGAGAUAGUGGGCGGGAUCCCUGACUCUGAGGUCCUGGUGUCGGAGCUGCUGUCUCAGGCUGGCUACAGGAACAAGAUCAUCGGCAAAUGGCACCUCGGGCACCGUCCGCAGUACCUGCCCCUCAGGCACGGCUUCCACGAGUGGUUCGGGGCCCCCAACUGUCACUUCGGUCCCUAUGACAACAAGGCCACGCCCAACAUACCCGUGUACAACGGGUCAGAAAUGGUGGGGAGGUAUUAUGAAGACUUUGCGAUCAGCCGAGCCAGCGGGGAGUCGAACCUGACGCAGCUGUACGUUUCCGAAGCGCUGGACUUCAUCGACCGCCAGGCUGCGGCGGGGCGGCCGUUCUUCCUGUACUGGGCGCCGGACGCCACACAUGGGCCGCUGUACGCCUCACGGGGUUUCCUGGGCACCAGCCGCAGGGGCCUCUACGGUGAUGUGGUGAGAGAACUGGAUGACGGAGUCGGGCGGAUCCUGGCGAGGCUGCGAGCCCGCGGGCUGGACACGAACACACUCGUCUUUUUCACCUCGGACAACGGAGCGGCCAUGGUGUCCAGAACUCAAGGAGGCAGUAACGGCCCGUUCCUGUGCGGGAAGCAGACGACGUUUGAAGGAGGGAUGCGUGAGCCGGCCAUCGCCUGGUGGCCAUCCAGGAUACAGCCUGGACAGAUCAGCCACCAGCUGAGCACAGUCAUGGACCUGUUCACCACAGCCCUGGAGCUGGCAGGGGCUGUCCCCCCCUCCGACAGGGUGUACGAUGGAACGUCCCUCCUCCCCACCCUCCUCAAUGGCACAGAGGUCGACAGGCCGGUGUUCUAUUACCGUGGCGACGAGCUGAUGGCUGUGAGGUACGGGCUGUACAAGGCCCACUUCUGGACAUGGACCAACGGGCAGGACGAGCGCUCCAAGGGGAUCGACUUCUGCCGCGGGGAGGACAUUCCAGGGGUGACGACGAUGCAGCAGGUCAACUACACGGACAGCCCUCUGCUGUUCCACCUGGGGCGCGACCCCGGGGAGAGGUACAGCAUCAAACCGAAGUCCUCGGAGUACAAGCAGGCCAUGAGGAAGCUGGAGGAGGUGGUGGCCAGCCAUCGGGCGGGGCUGUUGCCGGGGGAACCACAGUUCAACAUGUGCGACUCUGCUGUCAUGAACUGGGCACCGCCGGGGUGUGAGAAGCUGGGCAGAUGUCUGAAGGGACCGGAGUCCAAACCGUACAAGUGUCCCUGGCCUCACUGAUCCUCUGUACUUCAGAUUGUGUAACUAUGGCAAUGUCAUUUGGAUGUUGAAUGGAUGAUUAAUGAAAAAUGAAAAUUUUGGUGUUUCCUACAAUGGAGAGUCUAAACUGUAUUAUAUGUAUAACUGUAAAUUAAAAUGAAAUCAUUACAGUCUGUGCAGUUUAUUUUGCUGUAAAGGAGCAAAGUCAGUCUCCAUAGUUUCUGCACAGUACUUCAGCAAGAGCUAAAAUAUAUGAUGAAGUGUAUAGGUCUUACAAAAGAACUUAUUUUACUUUU